AAUAAUCUGCAUCGUAACAAUUAUAAAUGAUUGCUGACCAAUUGUGUACAAAGCUGGAUACAACAUCGAACAAAUGCGACUCACGAUUUUAAUUAGACGUGUGUAUGUGUGUGUGUGUGUAUAAACAACAAGGAAAAGAUCAUCGCGACAUGCUUUUCGGGGCAGUCAAACCGAUCGGUAUAUAAAAGACGCCAACGGUCAGCACAACACUAUCAUUCAUUCAAACGUUCGUAACAAAAAGCAGAGUCUCUUGCGCGUCUUCUGCUGUUGUUAAUGUUCAAGUAUUGUGUUCAAUUGUUGCAAUUUUAGACGAGAUUCGUGUUCUUUUGUCUAUAGGCAAUAUUUUUUGCAAAAAUGCAUUUUUAUUUGAGUGAAUUCAGUGCCGCCGUAGGCCGAAGCAUUCAACGUUUUGGCUUUGUUAAAUUGGCCAUUUUUGUGUUGUUAAGCUAUCACAUCGUUGAAGCAAAGAAUUAUUGUUCCUAUUGUAAACAUCACGUUGCCUGCAAUAAUGAUGGUAAUUUCGGGAAGGAUUGUUCAGCCGAUCGACAAUUGUUAGAAAUGAACACCUCACAGAAGGAAUACAUCGUAAAACUCCACAAUCGAAUGAGAAACAAAAUUGCUUUGGGACAAAUUCCAAAAUAUAGUUCGGCCGCAAAAAUGCCGUCCUUUCAAUGGAGUGAUGAACUAGCUUAUUUGGCUGAAUUAAAUGUACGAUCCUGUAAUUAUGGUCAUGAUGAGUGCAGAGCAACAGAUAAAUAUCGUUGGGCUGGUCAAAAUAUUGCACGGCGCGGAAAUACAAAGGGAUAUGAAAAUACUAAUACAGCCAUCAAAAAGAUGAUCAAUGACUGGUUUAUCGAAUACAAAGAUGCUGACAUGAGCUAUAUCAAGUCAUAUCACAAUCAUCCGUUGGGGAAGAACAUCGGUCACUUCACAGUCAUGGUGAAUGAUAAAAACAAUGCGAUUGGAUGCGCAAUGAUACGUCACCAAGAAGGUGUCUUCAAGUAUCGUUACUUGGUGUGCAAUUAUGGUUUUACAAACAUUUACGAGCGACCGGUGUACGAAAAGGGUGCGACCGGUUCAAAAUGCAAAGAACGCCACUCGAUUUACGAAGGUCUUUGCUCAGCAAAACAAGUUGUUAUUCCAGUUCCUUGAUCCAAUUUGUACCAAAAAAAAGGUCCAAAUCUAUGAAAUACUCAUUUGAAAUUCGUUAAUUUGUUAUAACUUAUUUAUUUGUGAUUCGCAUUUUUGAUGUAAUCUUAUUAUUGAAGAUAAACUUGACUAAUGAAAAUCUUCACAAAACUUGAAAACUUUAAUCAAUUACACAAUUAAAUGUUCGAAAUUAUCAUCACAUCUCCGUAGUGUUGAUUUGUUUUA